GGCUGUGCGGGCGCUCCCGCGUCGGCGGCGCUGCUGCUGGUGGCCGCCGGGGCUGAGGUCGCUGCUAUGGCUCUGCCGGGCGCCGGGGCGGCGGCGGCCGCCGGUGGCAGCGGGGGUCCGUGCCCGCUGUGGACGGCGCUGUACGACUACGAGGCGAGCGGCGAGGACGAGCUGAGCCUGCGGCGAGGGGACGUGGUGGAGGUGCUGUCGCAGGACGCGGCCGUGUCCGGCGACGACGGUUGGUGGGCGGGGAAGAUCCGCCACCGCCUCGGCAUCUUCCCGGCCAACUACGUGACCCGCCAGCCCCGCGGCGGAGCGGCGGCGGGGGGCGGCGGGCGGGGGGACCCCGCGGGGAGCCUAACGGAGAUCGACUUCCAGCACCUGGAGCUGCAGGAGAUCAUCGGCGUGGGGGGCUUCGGGAAGGUGUACCGGGCCACCUGGCGGGGCCGCGAGGUGGCCGUGAAGGCGGCGCGGCAGGACCCCGACGAGGACAUCACGGCCACGGCGGAGAGCGUGCGGCAGGAGGCCAAGCUCUUCUCCAUGCUGCGGCAUCCCAACAUCAUCGCCCUGCACGGUGUCUGCCUGCGGGAGCCCAACCUCUGCCUCGUCAUGGAGUUCGCCCGCGGCGGAUCCCUCAACAGGGCCCUGGCCGCCGCCCCCGGGGCCACGGCCGCCCGCGGGGGCCGCCGCAUCCCCCCGCACAUCCUGGUGAACUGGGCGGUGCAGAUCGCCCGCGGCAUGCUCUACCUGCACGACGAGGCCAUCGUCCCCAUCCUGCACCGGGACCUCAAGUCGAGCAACAUUUUGUUGCUAGAGAAGAUGGAACAUGAUGACAUUUGUAAUAAAACUCUGAAGAUUACAGACUUUGGUCUGGCUAGAGAGUGGCACAGAACAACCAAAAUGAGUGCAGCAGGAACUUAUGCAUGGAUGGCUCCAGAAGUUAUCAAGUCCUCCAUGUUUUCUAAAGGAAGUGAUAUUUGGAGUUACGGAGUGUUGCUGUGGGAACUGCUUACAGGAGAGGUUCCUUACCGUGGCAUUGAUGGCCUCGCUGUGGCUUAUGGAGUAGCUGUCAAUAAGCUUACUUUGCCCAUUCCAUCCACCUGCCCUGAACCAUUUGCAAAACUAAUGAAAGAAUGCUGGGAGCAGGACCCUCAUAUCCGACCAUCGUUUGCCUUAAUUCUUGAACAGCUUACUGCCAUUGAAGGGGCAGUUAUGACUGAAAUGCCUCAAGAGUCUUUCCACUCCAUGCAAGAUGACUGGAAAUUGGAAAUUCAGCAGAUAUUUAAUGAAUUGAGGACCAAGGAAAAAGAGCUUCGAUCACGAGAAGAGGAGUUGACAAGAGCAGCUCUUCAGCAAAAAUCUCAAGAAGAAUUACUGAAGCGCCGUGAGCAGCAGUUAGCGGAACGCGAGAUCGAUGUCCUGGAGCGUGAGCUGAAUAUCAUGAUAUUCCAGUUAAACCAAGAGAAACCCAAUGUAAAGAAGAGGAAGGGGAAGUUUAAAAGAAGCCGGUUAAAACUCAAAGAUGGACACAGAAUUAGUUUGCCUUCAGAUUUCCAGCACAAAAUAACAGUGCAGGCAUCCCCCAAUCUGGAUAAGAGGAGGAGUUUAAACAGUAACAGCUCUAGUCCAUCAAGUAGCCCUACAAUAAUUCCUCGUCUUCGGGCUAUACAAUUGAUUCCAAAAACAGAUACACACUCAGCUAAUGGCCGAAGAAACAGUGUAUAUGUGUACCAGCAAGAUGUAGAUAUCACAAGUGAAUAUGAUCUUCCCUGUGGGGUUAUGAAAAAAGUAACUUCAGAUGAAAGCAACAGAACUUGGGGAAGGAGCACAACAUAUCACCAAGAAGAGUUUGAAGAUGUGAAGAGAAGUUUUAAAAGGAGAGGUUGUACAUGGGGACCAAGUUCAGUUCAAACAAAGGACCGUGCAGAUUGUAAGGACAGAGUAAGACCCCUUUCAGAUGGCAGCAACCCUUGGUCAACUGUUUUAAUGAAAAAUCAGAAGGGUGUUCCCUUAGCUUCACUAUUUGUGGACCAAGGUGCCUGUACUGAUAAGAAGCUUAUCCCUGAAGGUUUGGACAGUAAAAGACCAAAGCCAAUUAAGUUGCCCAAUCAGGCCUAUAUUAAUCUACCUCUUUGGAAAGAUGAUCAGGGAGAGAACACAGUAGAACAUGAGAGCUUUGAAGAAGGAACCUCUGCUAGUUCUACAAACAGUACUCCUCAAAUGACACCUACAAACAGUCUGAGCAGGACGCUGCACAAAAAGAAGACUGACUCAGUGCUGUAUGGGUGUGCUGUCCUCCUUGCAUCCGUUGCCCUGGGCUUAGAUAUCAGAGAGUUGAACAAAUCACAGGGUCCAGAUGAACUCUUGCCUAAAGAUGAGAAGAAGAAGCGUGAUGGAAUAUUUCAGCGUGCUUCAAAAUUCCGCAGAAGUGCCAGUCCUACGCGACUGCAGUCCAAGAAAGAGGAAACAAGUAUUCCAUCCCUUAAUCCAGCCACAGAUACUGUGAAUCUUCUCUCUAUGCCCUCCAUUUCCACAAAAUGCCUACUUCAACCUGAUAGCGAAGAUGCUUUUGUAAGCACUGUGCUUGGUGAUUGUGGUCGGUGUAGUUCCACAGACAACUUUUCAUCUCAAACUUCUGAAAGUAAGAGAGAACGAAGUAUACAGCUGGCUCCGAACACAGUUCCGACACAAUUGAAAAAUCAGCCUUUUAGUCUUAGUCUGAAACAAGAAUCUCACAAUUUGCCAAAAGAUUCCUCCACAAAGUUAAGUAUGUUGGGUCACAGGCGAACCUUAUCGGAUGGGAACCAUUUUCAGACCACAGUUAAUGGAGUUUCUUCAACCAGUGACGUCUCCAGACUCCCAGUCCUGUCAGUUCCUGGAACUCUGCUCUCCCCAGCUUUUCAACAAGGAAGCAAUCACAGUGGUGUUUCAAAUGAAAAGCAAAGCGCUGUCAACACUAUCUCAAGGCCUCGACCUUCUUCUCUAAGAAGUAAAAUUGAUGCAUGGCAGAUUAUUCCACGUAUUAUUAAACCAAACUCUAAAGACUCUGAAUGUUUAGAGGGCAGUGUAGAUCCAAAUGUUAACUUCUUGUCAGAUACUGAGGAAAGAACUAAGUGCCACAUGCCCUCGUUACUUGAUAUUGAUGUGGAAGGUCAAAACAGAGACUGUACUGUGCCUUUAUGCAGAAUGAAGAGCAAAACUUGUCGGCCAUCUAUAUAUGAACUGGAGAGAGAGUUUCUGUCGUGAGUGCCUUUCAUUUUAAAAAUAUUUGCCUCAUAAAGGGGAACAAAUAUAAAAUUCUUGUCUGUCUAACACUUUGUGCUGCUGUUUUCUGAUGUACUGUGACAAAUAGUACCAAAACUAUUAAAAUGGGCAGCUAAUUAAGUGUGGUAGGUGCCUUUUUCAAAUGCUCCUUGGAAUCCCAGCUAGUAGCUCUGAAAGCACAAUGCUGCAAAAUUGUAUUCCAGGUGAACUUUGUAAAUAUAUUUUGAAUGAUUAAAAUAAAAUGCCCACCUUCCUCUGCCACGUCACAAAAUUUCCUUUAGGUUUGAGGGGUUUUGUUAGAAAUUUAACUUUCACACAUUAAAAAAAAACAAAUUACAUACAGAGCAAGGUUGCACUCUGUCAAGAGUUUCACCUAAGUAGUGGUGGUCUGAAGCUUGCCUCUGUGGCUUAUAGGUUCAGGGAGAGGGACAAGGGGUUUAAGGUGCAGGUACAGGAGGCUCUGUUCACUCCUCAUUAAGGAAGUGGUUACUUGCUGGCAUUUGAUACUGAAAUUGGUUAAGAACCAGCAGCUUUAUUUUCAGUUUUUAUCCUUGGUUAUUGUGAGAACUUUCUUAGUUUCUCCAGAAAGUUACACUGCUUGUAUAAACAUUUCAGUUUCAGCCACCAUAUCGAUUUGAGAGGGUAAACUUCAGUAUUGUGAUUGGAGUAAAGGUAUUUGACAUACUUUGUAAUGUGAAACAACAUUCCUUGUAGGUAAGGAUACACUGGAACGUAAAUAUUUGUACUCUUAACCUUUUGAAGACUACAGUGUUUGCACUGAAAGCAAUAUUCUUGGGUUUGAAUUUUUUGUUUGUGGGGAAGGGGUUUGUCCCCCUUCUUGUUUUUUAAACUCUGCUGCACCUUGUAUUGAAGAAAGUUGGUGGGUUUUAAGGAUAAUUGGUUUUAAGUGAGCCAGUGGUGCAUAUUAUUGCACUUAAUUUUAAAACUGCUAUAAUUUAAUAUGAAAUCUUUCAGUAUAAUCUCUGUAGCUUUUAUUCCUAAGGUACUAAGAUACCUUAUUCCUACUUUUAUUCCUAAGGUACACUGAGUGCCUGCUUACUCUUAUUUAGGAAUCAAAGGACAGAAACAGAUGUGCUUGACUGGUUUUCAGUGAUAGAAAGUUUCCAGAAAAUUCCAAGUAGUUAAUUGUGGGGGGAGGAACAUUUAGCUUUGAUAACACUGGUAGUUUAAUUUUUUACAGUAUCACUAAGUUGCCCUAAGUGAAUGAUUAAAUAAAACCAAAUGUACAGUAUACUUUCCAUGAUUAAACCAUUUUUAGAAUUAAAGGAACAUCCCUCAUUUUCGAGUAUUUGAAGUCCUAAUUUUGCAGAUCAUUUGACAUUUAAAUAGUUUUCAUAAAUGAAAUUAGAUAAUGUUAGACUAAAGCUACUGUGUUCUCAUCAGAAUACUGUUUUUUUAAGACCUGUGUUUAAAUCUUUUCUUCUCCUUUACUCUGGGGUCUGGGUGUGCAAAUAGAAUACACAGUUGCUUAAAGCUUCAAAACCAAGGGAUUAAAAAAGAAAGUUUCUGUUCUAAGACUGUAUGCACUACAGUAUCCACCUGGAAGAUGAUAUACAAUUACACAAAUGAAAUCAUGAGGUCUUAAUCACACAGAGAUUUUCACACAGGAAAGGUAACUUCCCAGCUCUCAGUGUGAAAAUAGAAAAGAAUUUUCCUUAAAGUAUUAGUUUACCAAAAGUAAAGACAAAACCACUAGUUGCCUGUAAAUCUAAAUGCUCGCAUAGCAGAUUGUUACUAUAUUUUCUUCAAACCUGUUUCUGUCGCUGUAUCCUUAGUUUCUGUCAACAUGAUUCAAGUCACAUACUGUUUGUCUUCUGUUUCAACUUUAAUUUCAUCAGAACACUUUAAUAGAUUGUCUAUUCCAGUUUUAAUACAAAAUGUUUUCCUAAAAUAAAGUCAUGAAUCAAAUUUUAAGUAUAGAUUAAUAGCACAUUUACCUUCAAGGCUUAAUUAGAAUCUUUGAGCAUAAUAUUUCAACUCUUUAUUGAUCAAUUAUUUCUGUGUAAUACUGAGAGAAAAGGAGUUGAUUGUAUUAUAUGUAUCUGAAGAAAGUUUCUCUGUUUGGCUUUCUGCAGGAAAAUCUCAGGUGCUGAAGUAUUUUGACUUGUAAACUACUGUUAAGUUCUGUAUUUUUAAGGUUUGUAUAAUUCCAAGUGUUGAAUUUUGCACCCUGUGUUUUGUAAUCGAUAGUAUCAGCCUAAAAAGCUCUUUGAGCUACAUUGUUUUCACUUACUAGUGGCGUAUAGCUCUUGUAAUUAAACACAGAUUUCUAUUCCUGUUCAAUGCAUAAUUUCCCGUAAGGUUGGGACAUACAAUAUGGCCAGCCCAGUGAAUUCUAAGAAAUUUAGGAGUUUGUAGUCCAUCUCUUAUUCUGAGAUAGCUUAGGUAAACCAUCUCAAAUAUUUCUCUGAUAUGAUGCAGUUUUUUUAAGCUAUAGUCUAUAGUGCUUUAUAAUUGUUUUUAUAGUUUAAAAUUAUAGGCCAGUCUUCACUAUAAUUAAAAAGAAAAAACAAUUCUUUCAAUCAUGGUUUCAGUCUGUAAUUCACAUAUCACCAGAGAAGUUUUCUGUAAAGAUAUGGAAAUCUGGUAUGCAUUAUGUGACGUGUCUUGGUUAAAAGGAUAUUUAUUUCAAUGUAGGUUGAUAGCCUGACCAAAUAAUAAUUUAUGUUGAUUGUUUUAGCAUGAAACUGAAGGUGCUUACACUACAAAGAUUAAGAUAAACACUUGAUAUACUGUUUUACAAAACCUGAUGAUUUAAAUCUUUUUAUUUAAAAAAUAAAUGUUUUGUAGUUACUGUA